CCGACGAUAGAAUGCGGGGUUCCUCGGUUUAUCUUCUCUCUACGCAUUAGAAGCGAAGUAUUUACAUUCCGCCCCCGCAGUUCGGAUUAAAAGCGCACUAACAGAUACAUUCGGAACACACCCCCACUGACAGAGCAAUCUCUCACUGCAAACUAAGUCCAGAAACUAAAGUGAAGGAGCUGGAGCAGGAGGAGCCGCAGCCGCCCGCCCGGCCGGGUCCAAAAGUUCACAAAACACAGACAGAGCAAAAAAAAAAAAAAAAAAGCUAACACAGAGAGAAAACACCCCCGACCUUCGCCGCUCCAGCCCGACGUGAUGGGGGACAAAAAGAUCCUCUGCGUUGGCUUAGUGUGUCUGGACAUCAUCAGUGUGGUAGACAAAUACCCGGAGGAGGACACUGACACCAGGUGUUUGUCCCAGCGCUGGCAGAGGGGAGGAAAUGCAUCAAACUCCUGCACAAUCUUUUCACUUCUUGGGGCCCCAUGUGCAUUCCUAGGAUCCCUCGCACCGGGGCCUGUAGCUGACUUUGUCCUGGCCGACUUCCGCAGGUACGGCAUCGACAUCUCUCUCCUGGUGGAGCACGAGGAAUGUUCCUUCCCAGCCUCUAUAGUCAUCGCCAAUGAGACGACAGGCAGCCGUACCAUUCUGCACAUGAACAGUUUCAUCACGGCUGACUUUGCACGCAGAGGGGUGGACUUUUCGAACGUGGCAUGGCAACGGGAAGGGGAGACCCCAUGCGCGUGCUGCCUGGUGUGUCCCGCCAGCGGCUCCCGCACAGUAGUUCUGGCUGACACAAACCUCCCCGAUGUGUCUGCAGAGGACUUUUCCAAGGUGGACCUGACUCAGUACAAGUGGAUUCACUGGGAGGGGCGGAAUGCAUCAGAGCAGGUGAAGAUGAUCCAGCAAGUGGAGAAGUUCAACAGCACAGUGCCGGAGCAGCAAAGAAUCACCAUAUCUGUGGAGAUCGAGAAGACCAGAGAGAUCCUGUACCAGCUGUUCCCCUAUGGAGAUGUGGUGUUUGUCAGCAAGGAUGUGGCUGCGCACUUGGGCUUCCACUGUGCUGCAGAUGCCUUGAGGGGGCUGUACCGUCGAGUGAAGAAGGGGGCUGUAUUAAUUUGCGCCUGGGCGGAGAAGGGAGCAGAUGCAAUGGGUCCUGAUGGAGAAAUUAUUCACUCAGACGCCUUCCCUCCACCAGUUCUGGUGGACACACUGGGUGCAGGAGACACCUUCAAUGCAUCAGUCAUCUUCUCCCUUUCCAAUGGUGAGGAUGCUGUGGUCCUUUACAGUGGAAAAAGCUUACAGGAUGCGCUAACCUUUGGCUGUCAGGUUGCUGGGAGAAAGUGUGGAAUUCAUGGAUAUGAUGGCAUUGUACCACAGUGAGUGAAGUGAGGGUGAAAGACUGGGAUACAACCAUGUAUCCCAAAAGGACUGAUGGCAGUUUGUCACUAUGAGCCAGACGACAGUGGUACUCUAGGUACAGGUGAGAACAUUGUGUGUAACUGUACCAUAUUGUAGUGGGACAUGUUGCCUCUCUGCUCUGAGCCAAGGUCACUGUACCCUAGUUACAGAUGUUGAUUUCAUUAAACAUUAACUGACUGAUUAAAAGAAUUUGGUAGUUACAAGGGACCAGGGCUUUUCUAAUAUCUAACAAGAUGAAGUCUGAACAAUGCACAGCUCUGAUAAGAACAGAAUAGAAUAGAACCAUGGCUUGCCACAUGUGCUGAACUGGAAAGGAAGAUGUGGUGAACUGGAUAUUAUACUCAGGCAAUGGUAUAGAAUGAACAGUUUUAUUUACAUAUCCUGUAUUAAUUGUAAAAUUGUUAUGCAGAAGAAAAAAAUACUAAGUUCGGAAGGUAAAAAUGGAUGGAAUCACAUCUAAUGAAAUUUCAAACUGGUCUUGAAAACUCAGCAGGGUACAAGUAUCCUCAAAUGAUUUAAGACAUAUUUUAAUUUUUGCAUGGCUGUGCAUGUCAAGAUUUGCUAUAACAACUUUGGCUAAAAUAGUCAUCUACAGUGACUGAUCUCAAAAACCUUUAUAAGAUAAAUAACUGGUGAAAAACACAAUUGUUUCUAAUUAAUACACAUAAAAUUAAUAUUUUAUUAUUAUCAUCUGAUAAUAGGUAAACCGUAAGUUAUUGACCUUAUUAACAAAAUAAUAGCAUCUGUAAAGAUUUGAUUUCAAAGACUUUUUUUUUUUCUAAACUUGUCCCUGGAUACAGCGCAAAGCUCACAUGAUAAUCACUUUUCCACCAGAAGUUUCAUCAUGGCCCAGAGUGAACACUCCCGAAAAUGUGUUGAUAACACUCUGUGGAGUGUUCGUCCAGCCAAAUGUGUGUGAAGAUAAACAGGAUAUCUGCCACUACCCCACCCAAGGCUAGCCACACACAGCUGGAGCUUUGCUUAGAUUAAAAAUGCCCACAGUGAUGCUAGUGUGUGAGCCAUCCCAAAUACGCACAUUGUACGACUCAAAACAGAAUGGGCAGAACAGAUAGGAAUUUUAAAAGAGGGUACAAUCCAUUCCCACAGAACCCUGCCCUGGGAAUGUUGACCGUAUCUGAAAUACACGUCCCUGGUCCAACAAACUGAGGAAUCGCGCUUUUAGAUAUGAUUAAGGUGAUUUGCUAAACAUGUACAAUAUUAAGUCCACUGGAGCUGAAAAUCAGGAAUGAUUCAAAAAGGCAAAAUAAACAUCAUAUUUUUCACAAUGAUUGUAUGUGAAUAGUUGUGUACUGAA